UUCACGUGACACAGAACAUGACGGAAGAAGUCGGUUGUCGGUCUGUUAGUGUCUUAAAGAUGGCCUUUAUUUCACUUUUAUUUAUCCUUAUUUCGUUAAGUUCAUGUAGAGCCCAAGUGCCGCUAAUCGUGUGGACCAGCGAAGGGAACAGUUUGCCAGCACUGUCUGAGCCAUCAGCCGGUGAGAUCGUCUCUGGUGGGAAGCUGGUAUCCUAUCUGAAAUCUGCCUUGACAACUUCGCCACACAACGUGGUGCUCUUUCUGCAGGACAAGUUAAGCAUAGAUGAUUUCACCGUGUAUGGUGGGGUGUUUGGGAACAAGCAAGACAGCGUCUUUGUGAACUUAGAGUCAGCAUUGGAGACCUCUGCUCACCUGGUGCUGCCAGCUCUGGCCUGGUCUGCAGCCAAGUCAGUGGAGGAACUCUUCCAGGAGGAGCUUGGGAUUCCAGCGCUCCACAUUGAACCAGCAGGGCUCGCCCAACUUCAGCUGAGCUCAUCACAGCCUUCUCUUCUGGUUAUCAGCCUCCCCCACACCACUGGCACCCAGUCAAAGGAGCCUCUUAGGAAAAAUGAUGAGACCAUUGGGGACGUCCUGACUUUACUGAAAUCCCGGGGUGUUCCUUACACUGCUGUUUACACAGGCCUGAGGCCUUCCCAUGUGACCGAGGACACCCCCAUAUCCAACACUAGAGGAUUCUCGGGACGCUCGCUGCUGCAGACGCUGUCAGCUGUCAAGCCACCAGUGAUUUUCAACAGCACCACAAGUGGGCCAUGUAUUCUGUUUUGGGCUGAUCGUCUAAGUGUGGCCCAUGAGAACGAGCCCCCAGUCGACCUCGCCCCCCUUACUUUCAACAACACCAUCAACCUGGCUGGAUCCUUCUGUAAUGAAACAGUUUCAAGACUUGUCCUGAACUAUAGAAAUGUUCUAGGUUUCCAAUCCUUCCAGGUCAUCUUCACAAUGCACAAGAUCUUUUUCCCUGUGUCCGCUCGUAACUGGAUGGUCAUGGAGCAUGUGGAGCUGAACUACGAUGGCCAGACAGCCCUCUUUAAUGGCAGUCGUGGCAUCAACACUCCUGCUGAGUAUUCCUUCCACUGCCAGAGGGUGAGCAACACUGAGAGCCCACUGCUGGUACCCAGCUCAGCUACGGACAACGCUACCCAGUGGACGCUGCUCUUCACAGACUUCCAGAUCCAGAGCUUCAACGUGACGGGGAAUUUUGCAUACGCCAGUGACUGUGCCAGCUUCUUCACGCCGGGUAUCUGGAUGGGGCUGCUGACCACUCUGCUCAUGGUCUUCAUCCUCACCUAUGGCCUCCACAUGAUAAUGCAGCUGCGCACCAUGGACCGCUUUGAUGACCCCAAAGGCCCUGCAAUUUCAGUGCCUCAAAACGAGUAACUUGGGCCUCCUGGGGCAUUCAGCAUUCAUCAGCUUUCAUCGUCAGGUUUUUUUCUUGUUUGUUUAUUUGUUUAUCUGUAUAAGAAGCCUGUUUCCUCAUUCCUAGUUGGUAUCUAAGAUUUCAUUCUGUAGCUGUAGCUCACAAUAGGAGUUUUUAGAUGUUUUAGAGAGUUUAGAGAAUUUCCAGGGAAAGAAACUAAAUAAUAACUGUAGUGACUGUACAUUAGCACUGUUUUUUUUGUUUGUUUGUUUGUUUUUUUAAAAUCAGGAUUUCAUCUUCAGGGCUCUAUCCACUACAAGUACGUUCUCUGAUGUACAGCUCAUAUUUUCAGCUUUCAGCUCUGCUCUGAUUAACAAUAGUAAGAUCUCAUCUCACCUUCCCCUUUAUCUUGAAUGAUGGACCCAGCGCAAAACAACCUGUAAUUUUGAUUUUAUUUUCCUGACAAACUUGCUUUAUACAGUGCUAAAACCGCUAUGUGUUUGUAGUAAAAAAGGUGUUAUCUGCCAAGAUGUAAUCGUACCAAAUGUGCUACUGAAGUGCCCUUUUAAUAGUUUUAAAGCAUUUUCUUAGACUACUGAAGUGCCCAGAUACAUUUAAAGUCAAAGCCAUUAGAAAGUGCCAUCUAUCACUAUGUGCCUGUGGUUAAGUCAUUAAUGACCUUAAACUGUGCUGUAAUAUUAAUGCAGCAUCCUGUGUUAUGUUAUGCUAGUUUCUCUUCCAGAUGUCUUUAACAGGAGAUGUUGGCCAGAAACUUUCCCAGACUUUCACUUAUGUUCAUGUUCUUUCUUGUUAUUAUUCAUUUUCUUUUUUUUUUUUCAGAAAUUCUGACUUUCUUUUGCCUGAGUAUUUCUCAGUGUGAUCCAACAGGCUGAUGCCUGUGUUGUCAUCUCUGCCUAAUAAUUUACUCUUGGUUUAUGUGUAAAUUAAAGAAUGGCUGGUAAUUUAAAAGAGAUAUGUAUAUUUGUGCCAUUUUAAGUGCUCUUGUUAUACUGUAUGGACCUGAACAGUGAUUUUUCCAGGGUGAUAUUGAACAGAUUGUUUAGUAGGCUUGACAUCUUGCUGUGAGAAUGAUCAUGUGUAUGACUGAGUAUGAAAUAAAGCUAUUUAUAUGUUUAGUCUGUUUGAAGUUAAAUGUGCAGGUUAAAUGAUCAGAGGAAGGCUUGGGGGGGGGAUAAAAAGGAAAUGCGGUUGCAGUGAAAUUCAAUGUAAACAAAGACUUUGAGUGGUUUGGUGUGACAUGGUGCACUGCAGAGAAACUUCCUGACUUUUCUUUAGUGGUGGUGGACAGGAUUGUGUUGCGAUAUGUGUAGCCUUUUAUUUAUUAUUUAAAACUACCAGUUAUCCUUUGUCUUCUGUCUUUCUGUAUGUAAUGCUGAUGAUGGUAAUAGUGGUAAAUUUGGAAAAUCA